AUAUAAAAUUAAACAAAAAAGAGCUAAGAUACAAAAAUUAUUAUCAAAUAUUUAUUAUUCAUAAUCAUUAAUAGUCAUAUAUAAGUUAAUCAUAUUAGGCAAUUCCGUAGAUUUUAUGUAAGGAAAGUGCGAAAAUAUUCUUUUGUACACUAUUUAUCAAUUUAAUACUUAAUUUAAUAAAAAUAUAAUAUAAGUUAAGAUGGACCAACAUAUUUUUCUAAGAAUUCUGAAUUUCAUUCUCAUGGUGACACGUGACUACAAAAUAAUGUUGUAAUGUUUCUCAAUUAACAUAUAAGGGAUAACUAAUAUAUUAUUAGAUAAUAAAUUAAUUACUUAAUUUUAUUAAAAUGUGGUCGAUCCAAUAACCCGUUGAUUCGCAAAGUUGUCCGGUUCAAUGUCUGGAUGGGGUUUAAAAAUAUUUGUUUUCAGCAAAACGAGAAAUUGUGUUUUUCUGUCAAAACCGCAAAAUAGCAUUUUCAUGUAAAACCAGAAAAUCGUGUUUUUCUACAAAAACUAUAAAAUUAUUUUUUCUUGCUAAAACCGAUAAAUAAAGUUUUUUUGCCAAAAUCGUAAAAGCACAUUUUUGCCAAAACAAAAAAAACACAUUUUUUCCAUCGAAACCGUAAAAUAGGUUUUCUCGCUGAAAAUAGGAAGAAACAUGUUUUCCACUGAAACCGCAAAAUCAAAUUUUUUUUUGCCAAAACCACAAUUGCAAAAUAAUACUCACUCUGUUUCUUAAAGAGUGUCACUUUUGUGUUUUUUUUUGUUACAUAAAAAGUGUCGUUUUAGAUUUCCAAUACAAUUUUUAUUUACUUUCAGCUAAAUAUUAAUUGUAAAAUUUAUUGAUCUAAUAAAUAAAUUUAAUUAUCUCAAAUGUUAUUGGUCAAUUAGAUGUAAUUAAUGAAAACAUAAAUAUAUUUCAAUAAUUUUCUUAUUAUGUGUAAAAAAUGUUUAAGUGACACUCAUAAUGAGACGGAGGGAGUAAAGUUUAAGUCUAUGUUAUAUAUGAAAUUUUUUCUUUAGCCAUUAACAAAAUAAAAAGAAUUAUUCUUCAACUUGCAGAAGCAGAAUCAUCGCUGAUUAUUUGCUGAAUUCUGCUAUAUAUAUAAAGAAGAUGCAUUUAGUUGACAAAAAAAAGGUGCAUUUAUGCUUAUAAAACGUUUGAUGAAAGAAUGAAUUUUAUUGAAACACAUUAUUUUGAAGAAGUAAUUAUACUGAAUCAACGUUAAUUGGCCAAAAACAAAUGUGAAUCAUAAUAAUUUUGGCAGAAUGCGAUAAUCUCUUUAAUCGUCAUUGUAUCAAAUUAUCAAGAAGAGUCGACUUUCGUUGUGCUCAACUCCAUUUUUAUAUCUCGAAGCUCCAUGCAUGAUUGUCUAUCAUGCGACAACGCAAAAAAGCCUUGGAAAAGUAUCAACUAUUCUGGAUUCGAAAUCUAUUAUCACAGAUAUAUCAGUCGACAGGAAUUUCUAUUUCUCAUUACAAAUAACUGAGUUUGUAUGGGGUCGGUUGACAGACCUUGAAGAAUUAGUUAAUUAGACCUCGACCGCUGGAUAUCUCAGGAUUAUAAAAAAAAAAUAUCAAAUCUUCCAAACCCUUUCGCAAUUAGGCUAUUAAGAUAUAUUUUGCAUUAACAUUUACACCCAAAAAAAUAUUUUGCAUUAAAUACAAAACUGCCUAAAUUUCUAGUCUUUUUUUCUUGUUUUGACUAGAAAGUAGUAGAAAGUUAGAAACUAAUAAUCACGACACACAUAGACUAAAUAUGUCGUCAUCUCCGAUAAACAGCUUCUAAACCCAACACAAUUCUUUCACAAUAAUAAUUAAAAACAACAUUAUUACUGUUCAUGUCGACAUAGUCUAUUCAACAAUUACACAAGUUCCCAUCUUUAGGGCCAAUAUUUCUAACCUUUUCAAACUAAUUCAAUAUCCCGAGUAACCAACCUCUCUAAAAAAAAAAAAAAAUCUUAUAUAAAUAAGCAGUGUGAAUUGUUCAUUGUUACAAACCACACAAACGAAGACUAACAAAAAAGAAACUCUAACGUUCAUCAAAAGCCAAUGAUGUAUCGAGUCCAAAAAACCGUAGUUUCAGCUUUCAUUUUCUCUUUGUCUAUUCUACCGCUUCUAGUCUCAGCCACUGAUGAAGAAAACGAAUGUGGUGGCUCCAAUGGAGGAGGCUCCGCUACAGAGAAGGCAUCGAUUCUUAAGUACAAGAUCGGAGCAUUCUUCUCCAUCUUAGUAGCAGGAGUGUUAGGAGUCUGUUUACCUAUCUUCGGCCUCAAGUCAGAGAGCAACUUUUUCAUGUUCGUGAAGGCAUUUGCCGCAGGAGUAAUCUUAGCCACCGGUUUCGUCCACAUUCUUCCAGAUGCCACCGAGAGUCUCACGAGUCCAUGCCUCGGAGAAGAGUCACCAUGGGGUGAUUUUCCCAUGACGGAUUUAGUUGCCAUGGCUGCGGCGAUUUUGACCAUGUUGAUUGAGUCUUUUGCUUCAGGGUAUUUGAACAGGUCUCGUUCGGAGAAUGAGGCUAAGACGUUGCCGGUGAGUACCUGUGGAGAUAAGGAGGAGCAUUCACAUAUUGGCUCUGCUCAUACUCAUGCCUCGCAAGGACAUGCUCAUGGCUCUCUUCUCGUCCCCCAAGAUGAUAUGAGGAAAAAGAUUGUGACACAAAUACUUGAAUUGGGGAUUGUGGUUCACUCAGUGAUAAUAGGAAUAUCUCUGGGAGCAUCUCCGAGUGUAAGCACAAUAAAGCCUCUCUUGGUUGCAAUAACUUUCCAUCAACUGUUUGAAGGUUUUGGUCUUGGUGGUUGCAUCUCUGAGGCAAAGUUUGGGGUUAAGAAAAUAUGGAUUAUGGUGUUGUUCUUUGCACUCACGGCACCAGCAGGGAUUGGAAUCGGUAUUGGAGUUUCAGAGAUUUACAAUGAGAACAGCCCAAUGGCACUAAAAGUAUCAGGUUUUCUUAAUGCGGCAGCUGCUGGAAUCUUGAUUUACAUGGCGCUUGUUGAUUUGGUAGCUCCACUAUUCAUGGACCAUAAAGCUCAGAGUAGUAUGAAGAUACAAUUAGCUUGUAGCCUUUCUCUUAUUCUUGGUGCUGGUUUGAUGUCUCUUCUAGCUGUUUGGGCUUGAAAUGAUUUGGGCUUGCAUGUUUUAGUUUCUUUAGCAUUUUAGAGAAAAUCAGUUACAUUUUGCUACCAGAUUUGACUAAAAUGAUAUAUCAAUCAAUUUCUUAGAAGAUGUUAUCAGUUCUUGAUGGCAAUCUCUUGAAUAGUUAUGAGAAAUAGAAUAUAAAUCGAAAAGCCCUAAGCCUAUGAUGGCUCAUGACGUAGAAUGCAAGGAACAUGAGCAGCAGCUACAUGGGAGACAAAGCAUAUUACUCUACAACCUGCAAAAUAAGAAGCAAGAAUGAGAUUUGGAGUAAUGAGUCAAAUGAUGCAAACAACUUUGACUCUUCAUAAAAGCAUAAAAUCAAGUCAUCACAUUCUUGUCGAAACGAUCCGUUUUCAUGUUCUGGAUAUUCAUGGAAUAACCCUUCAAAAAGGAUAUGCCAUCAUCAGUUUUUUAUAUACCAAUUCUUUCACUUUCACAAUCAUCAUCACUCUACAGAUUUUAAUUAUUUUCAGUCAAAUAUAAAGUCUAGAUUCUUUUAAUUUUUUUACAAAUUAAAAAUUAAAUUAAAACUAUGAAUACGUUACAUACUUAUAGCACCCCCAUUAGUGAACUUAUGCGGGGUUCACACAGAUUUCAAAAAAAAAAAUAUUAAAAUAAGGAAU